GUUUGCAACCUUGCUCUUGUCUUCUUUUGUUUAUUUUUGCCUUGAUUUAGUUUGGACUUCAGCCACACCUACCAUCUUGAAGUUACGAUUCCCUGGAUUGAUCAUUCAAGUUACCCGUCUUCAAACCAUUCUUCUUCCAAAUUGCAAAUGGCUUCUUCUUCAACCAGUCUCUCCGUAGCUUCUUCCUCUUCCACCCAUCCAUGGAAGUAUGAAGUCUUCCUUAGUUUCAGAGGAGAAGACACCCGCAAAAGCUUUACUGAUCAUCUUCAUGAGGCGCUUUGUCGAUAUGGAAUCAACACUUUCAUAGAUGACCAACUCCGGAGAGGCGAACAAAUAUCUUCAGCACUCCUACAGGCAAUUGAAGAAUCAAGGCUUUCCAUCAUCAUUUUCUCAGAACACUAUGCUUCUUCAAGUUGGUGUUUGGAUGAACUUACAAAGAUUCUUGAAUGUGUCAAAGUUGGGGGACAUACAGCUUUUCCGGUUUUCUAUAAUGUGGAUCCCUCUCAUGUAAGAAAACAAACAGGCAGUUAUGGAGUCGCAUUUACAAAGCAUGAACAAGUUUACAGGGACAACAUGGAGAAAGUGCUCAAGUGGAGAGAAGCUCUGACUGUGGCAUCAGGACUUUCUGGAUGGGAUUCACGAGAUAGACAUGAAUCCGAGAUUAUUAAGAAAAUUGUAUCCAAGAUCUUGAAUGAAUUGGUGGAUGCAUCCUCAAGCAACAUGGAGAAUCUAGUUGGAAUGGAUUCUCGUAUACAAGACUUGGUUUCAUUAUUAUGUAUUGGGUCAGAUGAUGUUCGGAUGGUAGGAAUUUGGGGUGUGGCUGGCAUAGGUAAGACUGCCAUUGCUAAAGUUGUUUAUCAGAAAAUUUGCACUCAAUUUGAAGGUUGUUGCUUUCUUUCAAAUGUUAGUGAAAAAACACAAAAAAGUGAUCUAGCCAAUAUACAAAUGGAACUCCUUUCACAAAUUUUGUGGGAAGGAAAUCUAAAUACAAGAAUUUUCAAUAGAGGAAUCAAUUUUAUAAAAAAGGCACUCCACUCCAUGAAGGCCCUUAUUGUUCUUGAUGAUGUGAAUCACCGACAACAAUUGGAGGCAUUAGCAGGAAAUCAUAAUUGGUUUGGUCGAGGAAGUCGAAUUAUCAUAACAACCAGAGAAAGACGUUUGCUAAUUGAGAAAGAAGUGGAUGCAACAUAUGAAGCUAAGGAAUUAGAUGAGGAUGAAGCUCUUAUGCUCUUUCGUCAGCAUGCCUUUAAACAUAAGCCUCCUAUAGAAGAUUUUGUUCAACUAUGUGACCGUGCCCUAAAUUAUACAAAAGGCAUUCCCUUAGCCCUUAAAAUCUUGGGUUGUUUUCUAUACAAUAGAAGCAAAAAAGAAUGGGAAAGUGAAUUGGAAAGACUCAAAAGAAUUCCAAACAAAGAGGUUCAAGAUGUGCUUAGAUAUAGUUUUGAUGGAUUAGAUGAUAAUCAAAAGGAGUAAGAGUUUGAUCAAUUCUAGCUUCAUCUUGUUGAGUUAAUUUUUGUACUCAACCAUUUUUUUUUUUAGUUUGCUUGCACAAAUAUGGGAAGGAAACUAUGUAUGCUUUAUAUUUGUUGUUUUUCUUUAUGGAUUAUAAAGUUCAUCAAAGUAGAUUUGUUCUA